AUGAAAGCUGCUCGGCCCCGUGCCCCCGCCCCGUGCCGUGGGAGGGGGAUGUGCUGCGGUAGCGACGAUGAUGCUUGGCAUUGUGCCGGGCGUCGUGCGGCUGCCGUCACGAUGGUGGCGUGCAGCGCGGUCCGCUGGACACGCGUGCGUGCCGUCUCUCGCCACCGCUGCUCCUCUCGCUGCGUGCCCAGACGACUUCUCUCUCUGCUUGCCCUCUCCCGCAUCGCUCGUGCUCCGCCGCGCCCUGCGCACUGCCUGCCCCACUGCGUGCAGGUGUGUGUCUCCCCCUGUCUCCAGCGCACCGCCCAUUCACCUGGAGGACGGUGCCGUCGCCAGCACUGCGACCGCUGCCACGUGCGCACAUGCCGCCCACGAGCAUGCGCGCACACCGGCGGCGACGGAGCGGGUCGACAGCACCCGUGGGCCGAGCCGCGCCGUGUUGCCUCAGGCUGUUGUUUCAGUGCCCCCACCCUGCCGUGCCGCGGCAAGGUCGCCGCGACGGCGGCUGCGCUUGUGCACCCUCGCCUCGCCGCGCUGCGCACGGCGCGGCGUUGUCAGAGGAUGGUGCGCGCCAGCUCCGCCGCCGGGGCGGUCGAUGCGGGCCUGCUCGGUAUGACGCGCGUGACGGCACCGCACCGGACCCGAUGCGACCGCGGUGGUGGUGGUCGUCCGGGAGGGUGCAGCGGCGGCGGCUGUGGUUCUUGCCCUGUGGCGCUUUUCGUUCGCUGCGGCGAAGUGUUGCGGCGGUGCGGAGGUCUGCGCCGGACGCGGCGCAGUAGCGCGUGCGCUCGCACCUUUUUUUGA